AUGAUAUCAUUAAAAACUAUUACAAAUUAUUGGAAAAAAACUAAUAUUCUUUCACAAGAAAUUAAUCUUUUAACUUCAAUUCCUAUUCCUAAUAAUAAAAAUAAAAUGCAAGAACUCAAAAGAUUAGUUACUCAUCUAUUAGAAAAUAAUUAUCUUUCUGUAGAUGAUUAUAUUUAUAUUAAUGAUAAUAUUAAAGAUGUACUUACUAAUAAAGAAAUAUUAAAAAUGAUAACAAAUGAAAAGGAUAAAUGUAAUGAAAAAGAUAAAUUUGUUAAUGAAAUAAUAAGAGAAAUUAAAAAGAUAACUUUAACAGAAGCUAAAAUGUAUAUAGAUAAAAUGAUAAGAUUUUUAUAUGAAUAA